AUGCAAAGCACCAGCAGGACCCUCACGCAACGCUUGGGCGAGUGGCAGUGGGCGAGCGACCGGCCCUCCUUGCGGCCACCCUGCCCCGGCGUCCUCAGCUACUACAGCCGCCACGGCCGGGACCCCGCCUUCACCGAGGCGGGCCCGGGCCGGUGUUUCGGUAACCUCCACGCCCGCCACCUGCGGCUGCUGGAGUGGCCGGGCCGGCCGCACGACGUCUUCUCGGUCCAGGGAGAGCCCAGCAAGAGCUACCACCUCAUCCUGCCCUCCUUCUUCCGCCUCCUGGACGCCCUGCACCGGGAGGGGAGAGACUUCGCCGUCGUCUUCAGGACCUUCGGUACCGACCUGCCCCGCGCCCUCCGGGCCGUCGGCUGCGCCCUGGCCGGGCAGCACCCCCAGUUCCCCGCCCUACGGGAGGUGGCGCUCCCUGUGGACCUCACCCCUGGCCAGAUACGCUGCAGCAAGCGAGAGGUGGUGCUGACAAGGGGAGCAGAGCGGCUGGCCAGCCGGGGAGAUGGAAGAAAGCUCUAUGACUACUUCAGCUCCUUGGAGGGAGUUGGAGGCUUCCAAGACCACUUUGACUGGUGGGCCAGAAACCAGUUCUCUUCCCAGGGUGGGAAGCCCCUGUGGAUCGACCCCCAUGAUCCUGACGUUCACCACAUCUUCAUAGACGACAACAUCCGGCUGGACGAUGAGGACACCAUUGUUCAUCCCCUGGUGUUUUCUGAGCGGGGCAGCAGCAGCCCCAGGCGUGUUCCCACCUCGGAGCUGUAUGACGUUUGCCUGGUGCAGACCGACCUGCUGGAGGCCAUUGCCGAUGAGGACUAUUUCCUGCGCUGCGUGAGGAGGUGUGAGGAGAACUAUGACUGCUACCUGGCCAGCAUGGAGAAGGACACCCCAAGCCAGGAGAAGGAUGGACAGUGAUGCCGCCUCCCAGAGCCGAGGGGCUCUGGACUGGGACACCCACCGCUUCCUGCUGUGUGCAGGCAAAGUCCCGGGCUGGGCUUCUGCUUCGAGUUGUCCCUUCUCUCUCCGAUGCGUGAUGUGCCCACUCGGUCCUACCGGGAGCCCCCAUGCCUGAGCACAAGCGUCCCGGGAGCUUGUGUGACGUGAUCCCUGGAGGAAACAGCUUUCCUGUCCCGGGCAGCGCUGUGGGGAGCUGCCUGCCUGGCUGGCAGGGCAGGAGCAACGCAGGCAGCCACAGUGUUCACUCCUCCCUUCCCACUCCCACUCUGGUGGCUGGCACUGAGCAGGUGCCCGGGUAAGGGCAGUGUUACCGGCGGCACACCCAAGUGCCGUUUGUGCCACGGUGUUCUCCCCGGCAGAGCUAGCAAUGUCCCGUCACUUCUGCCCGUUUUUAAAGCAAACCUUUCUACCUUG